AUGGAACGAAAAACUGUGAUUUACUUUUAUCUCUGUCUUGUGUUGAUAUUGAAAUAUUCAAAUGGACAACAGUUUCCGAAUCAACAAUUUGGACAACAGAAUAAUGGCCAGUUUGCACCUGUUGCUGCUGGUCAGUUUGUAGGCAAUGGACAACCUUUUGCGGGUAACAAUCAAGUGCCUACAAAUAAUAAUCAGGGAACGUUAGCAAACAACCAGACGCCACAAGGAGGAACGCAACAAGGAACGUUUCCAAACAAUCAACAAGGAACGUUUCAAAACAAUCAACAAGGAACGUUUCCAAACAACCAACAAGGAACGUUCCCUAACAACCAACAAGGAACGUUCCAAAACAAUCAACAAGGAACGUUCCCUAACAACCAACAAGGAACGUUCCAAAACAAUCAACAAGGAACGUUUCCAAACAACCAACAAGGAACGUUCCCUAACAACCAACAAGGACAAUUUCCUAAUACAUUCCAGGGAAACCAGUUCGGACAACCCGGAGGAAUUCCUACUUUCGCUGGACCAAAUACACAACCACCGUUUAACUUUCAAAGUAAUGUAGUAGGUUUUCAAAACCCAAUUGGAGGCUUUAACACACUUGGAAAUCAGUUUGGAAAUCCUUUCAUUCCUGGGAAUAAUUUUGGAAUGGGAGGUCCUUUCGGCAUUGGACCAGGGGCUCCGGGACCAGUUCAAGGCCCCGAACAAGGCGGACCUGGUGGUCAGUUUUCUUUGGGAGGUCAGCUGUUUAUGAGUUUAUCUCAGAACCCUAUGAACUACCGAUAUGCUACAUGUCGGUUUAAUUCUUCGGAAACUAAAAUUGCUGGUAGAGCUGACUUCAGACAAUUUGUAUUUGGAGAUUUCCCAGUGGACAUCCGUAUCCAGGUUUGGGGUUUGCCUACCUCUCCUGUAGACACACAAAGGGGGAUCCAUAUCCAUGAAUUUGGAGAUACUGGAACUAAAUGUUCGCGUGUCGGACCUCAUCUUAAUCCUGCUCAGACAAGGCAUGGCGGAAGGAACACCUUCGCCUUCUUGAGACACGUCGGUGAUCUUGGAAACAUGCUCCAGUCCCCGCAGGGGGUGACGUCCACCCAGUUCCGUGAUGGAGUUAUUUCCCUUCAGGGACCAACCAGUGUUGUAGGACGUUCUUUAGUGAUUAAAUACGAGCGAGAUGAUGAGGGUUUCGGUACCAAUGUGGACAGCCUACAAAAUGGUAACGCCAGGACACCCAUCGCCUGCUGUACCAUCGCACGCUCGGGACCUGCUAACUGGAACAACCCAUACACGGAAGCGGAGUUGAUGUCGCUGAACGGUGGAGGGGCAGGUCUACAGUCCAAUUUUGGCAUGUCUAACGGUGCUGCAGGUGCCAAUACUUUCGGAAACACGGGGAGUCAAGGAUCUGGGUUCAACUUUAACUCACAGAGCGACGCAGGUACUCCCGCUCCUUCUCCAAACCCUCAGGGAACGGGUAACAACGCGUUCGGAUUCCUCGGAAAUAACGGCAAAAAGUAA